AUGCGUUUAUUUUCUUCUGUUCCGCCAUCGGCCCUUCUGUUGCGAUUAAGUUUCCGAUGUUGGCCAACCGCAAUUGUGCCCUUUGUUAGGUCCCUCUUUUUGGCGGCCCCUCGCCUUCUGCUUGUCUCUGUGCGGGCGGGCGCGCUCCUUUUUUCUUUUUUUUUUCGUUGUUGCCCCCCUGUUCUGUGGGCCGGGGCUUUUUGUGCGGCGAUACGGUUUGGAUUUUCGUUUUUGGGUUGUCCUUGGGUUUGGGGUGGUUGGGGGGCGAGAUUCUCAAUCGGGAAAUUGCCCGAAACGUUUGGCCGCUGUUUCUUGCCAAAGUUGGCCGCCACGAUCGCCCAUCUUCAGGGUAUGGGUUUUCUCGCCUCGGCCCGCGUCGGCGGUCGCGGGUGA